AUGGGAUCAUUCAUAUCAAUAUUGAGGCGUUUAAAAAUAGUUCAAUUGGGAUACUAUCGCAACCAGUGUGACAACUGCGAAGAAGCUGCAUCUUUGACUAGGCAGUCCAAGGCCUUUUAUGAAACAUUCACAGUACUUAGAGCUCGUCUCGUGGAUAAGCUUCAAUAUACUGCAAAAUGCAAUGAAAUUGCUAGCAAACUAUGCUCUGAGUCUGCGAUCAACGAAACACAAGCCGUAGAAAUAAAGAAGUGCUCAGAUAUGAAAGAGCAAGAGAGAAAGCUAUUGGAUGUUCUCAUUGUAGGCGGUUUGGAGCCUAUGAAGGAAUUUCUAAGCAUUUUAUAUUAUUACAACGAAGACGAAGCCGAAUAUUUAGUAGAAUUUAUAAAUAACAAAUUAGGCGAUAAUGAGAGAUUCCCAACUAUUGUACCUUAA